AUGAAGGACGAGUUAUCUACAAUUGAGAAAAAUUCAACAUGGGAACUCGUGGACUUGCCAUAUGGAAAGAAAACUAUUGGUUUAAAAUGGGUCUACAAAGUAAAGUACAGUGAUGAUGGUUUGAUUCAAAAACAUAAAGCUCGACUUGUCGCAAAGGGUUAUUCUCAACAACCAGGAGUUGACUUCUCAGAAACUUAUGCUCAUGUUGCAAGAAUGGAGACAAUCCAUGAUCUCAUCUAUUUUGGAACAAACAAAGCUAUGGUGGCAGAAUUCAAGAAUCAAAUGAUGAAAGAAUUUGAGAUGACAGACUUGGGACUCAUAAAAUAUUUUCUUGGCAUACAAGUUAAGCAAAGUCCAGGAAGAAUCUUUCUAUCUCAAGAAAAAUAUAUUGAAGAUCUGUUUAAGAAAUUCAAUAUGAGUCAAUGCAAGCCCCUCUCCACUCCUAUGGCGUUGAAUGAAAAUUUUCAAGUUAACGACGACGGUGAGAAAGCUGACUCAACUACCGCAAAAAGAAUCCUUAGAUAUCUUAAAGGCACAAAAACUCAAGGAAUUGAAUUUAAAAAGGAAAGUGAAUGUAAGCUGGUUGGUUAUACAGAUAGUGAUUGGGUAGGCUCGAUUGAUGAUCGAAAAAGUAUCUCCGGUUAUAUCUUUUGUCUUGGAUCAAAUGUAAUAUCAUGGAGCUCAAGAAAGCAGAAAUUUGUGGCAUUGUCAUCAGCCGAAGUAGAGUAUAUAGCAUGUACUAAUGCAGCUUGUGAAGCUGUUUAG